AGGGAGCCGAGUCCUCGGGACGUCGGGUCGCGGCGGCCUGCCCGGCUUCGUCUGAUGGCACAGCCCCCAGUGACCACAUGAGACACCUGCUGGGUCAGUCGUGUAGGGUUUCACACCGUCACUCACCCUGCAAGGCCCUGCCUCGGAGCUGCAGCCGCCGGGUGUGUAACCGUGGACGUCUACGUGGCCCCUGUGUCUGCACGGUGUUGUAGUGCAAGGUCACAGCCAAAGUCAGACCUGAAGUCGGAGGCUCCUUCCCCUGCGGUGGCUGCCGAAGCACGAGCACCUGCUGCCGCCACCCCAGCUCGCUGUCGAGCGCUGCGAAGUCGUGGUUGGAACUUUCUUCAGAGAUUUCAGCAAAGACUAACCUUGCCACCCCGAAGACAGCGCCCUCUCUACGUCUGACUCCAGUAGCGUGCUGCUCUCGUCCACAGGCUUCCUAGCAUUUUCCCCUUGAAAAACCCUUCCACCGGGGGAACGUAGAUGCUGACAGAGGCGAUGUCCAGCGGAGAGGAUUCUCGGUCCCGGGCGCUGGCCAAGCCGGCUUUCACGGAGGCACAGGCCUCUGCCUUGGUGGAAUCUGUCUUCGGGUUCCGAGUGUCGAAGGUCCAGCCCCUUCCCAGCUACGACGACCAGAACUUCCACGUGUGCGUCUCAAGAAGCCAGGACGCGGCCGACGGCCCCGCCGAGUACGUCCUGAAGAUAAGCAACGCGGAGGCCAGCAAGCACCCCGACGUGAUUGACGUGCAGAGCCAGAUCAUCGAGUUCCUGAGGGCCGCCGGGUUCCCCACCGCCUCCGUGUGCCGCACCAAGGCAGGCGGCCUGAGCUCCGUCGUGGCCGUGGACAGGGGCUCCAGCAUCAGGAGCUACGUGGUGAGGCUGCUCACCUACCUGCCCGGCAGACCCGUGGCCGAGCUGCCCGUCAGCUCCCAGCUGCUGUAUAACAUCGGGAGGCUGGCUGCCAGGCUGGACAAGACCCUGGAGGAGUUCCGUCACCCUGGGGUACGUAGUCUGCGUCGCGAGGACUUCAUCUGGAACCUGAAAAGCGUUCCUCUCCUGGAGCGGUACCUGGACGCCCUGGGCCCGGGCCAGAACCGGGCGAUCAUCGAGCAGGUCAUCGAGCUGUUCAAGCAGGACGUGAGGACCAAGUUCAGCGAAUUUCGGGAAUGUAUCAAUCAUGGGGACCUUAAUGACCACAAUAUCUUAAUACAGUCCAGCAAGACAGCCUCUGGAGAUACCGUAGACCAGGUGUCCGGGAUCCUGGACUUUGACGACAUGAGCUAUGGCUACUAUGUGUUUGAAGUGGCCAUCACCAUCAUGUACAUGAUGAUCGAAAGCAAGGACCCCAUACCGGUGGGCGGUCACGUGCUGGCAGGCUUUGAGAGCGUCAUCCCGCUCACCGCCGCCGAGAGGGGCUCUCUGUUUCUGCUCGUUUGCAGUCGCUUUUGCCAGUCGCUCGUCAUGGCUGCGCACGCUUGCCGGCUAAACCCCGAGAACCGGGACUACCUCAUGGUCACGGCCAAAACCGGCUGGAGGCACCUGCAGCAGCUGUUCGAGAUGGGUCAGGCGGCCGUGGAAGAGAUCUGGUUUGGAACGGCCAAGUCCUACGCAUCCGGGGUUGCCGUGUGACCGGGUGAAAGUCGCGUCGUUAAAACAGCAGGACCAAGUCCGGUUUCGUGCAGGGGUCACUCGCACAGCAUAGCUAAAAAUGAACUGAUGGACAAGAUCGGUUCUGAAUGUGACGAAACAUGUGUGAAACCUCUCAAGCUCUUCAGGCCAUCAUGACCACUUUUUAAACUUAAGAAAGGGCGGCAGGGACGGGGCAGGGGACAGCUGCAUCCCGCACCAGAGGGCCUGGCUGGAGUCCCACCUCCACUUCCCAGCCAGCUCUCUGCAAACGGGCACCCUGCCAGUCAGCAGAUAACGGCCGAGCGCUGGUCUCCUGCUGCUUAUGUGCAGACGGGGCUGGAGUUCUACCUCUUAACUUCAGCCCGGCCCAGCCCUGGCUGUCGUAAGCAUUUGGGGGAAUGAACCAAGGGAUGGAAGACUCUCUCUCCCUUUCUUUCUUUCUUUCUUUCUUUCUUUCUUUCUUUCUUUCUUUCUUUCUUUCUUUCUCUCUCUCUCUCUCUCUCUCUCUCUCUCUCUCUCUCUCUCUCCUCCUUCCCUCUCCCUCUUGCUUUCCAAUUAAUAAAUAAAACUCUAAAAAUCUACUGGGACAGAAGUAGUGCCUGAGGACACGUGUCCUGUGAUCCCCUCUGCCUUGGGUAUGGAACACACACGAUGAUGUCAUUUUGAGUCAGGUAAGUGCUUAGGUUCUAGUCCAGCCCUGAAAUCAAGGACUUCGUUAAACAUUGACAGGAAUUGAUAGAGAGCUGGAUAGAGAUGAAGCAGUCGCAUAUUUGAAAUAACCAGACACGAUGUACAGACCUGGCUAGACCUCCUCUCACCCUGCUGUCCCUGGCCUCCUGUCACAUUCUGUGUAGCUGGUGGCACGUGGCUUUGCACAGGGGGUCGUGGUUGUGCAGACACCUGGUCGGCGAGCACCUUGAGGCCGGAAACUGUGUGCAACUUGCUCUUGUCUCCUCCCCGCUUCUCCUCACACCUGCAGGAGUGCCCUUCCCACGGGAAGAUCUUUCCUUACAGGAGUUUGCAAAGUGAAUGCCGGCUGGAACAUGCACUCUAAAAUGCACCAGCAGUGCCUGGUGCAGUUACGUGAGAAAACGUUCGCCUUAGCCUGAGAGGGUGGCUGGAACUGCAGCUCCAGAGACGGAUGCCAGGAGACACUGGACCUGCAGGGAAGCAAAUCGAGACGUCCAGACGAGCCCACUGAGCCCUGAGCUCCCGGAACACGGGGGCCGGGGGAGCCCCAAACAGAGAAAAAAAACGUCCCUGUAAUUUAAUCUCUGGCUCUGUGAGGAGGUGGCAAAUGGGAUGAAGCUCACUGUAUCCUCGGCUUACAUCCUACUGCUGUGCUUCCUCCAGUCCUUUCUCCCGUCGUGGUUUUAACCACUCUUCUACCGAUGACCAAAGUUCAUGCAGACGCCCUCUCGGUGUGUGUGAGUAUCCAUUGGGUGUAUAUCUGACUUGUCUACGAGUAGGCAUUGAUUCUAAAUGUUUAGCUGCCUACCUACCUCACUCUGCUUCCCAAGCUAAGUUUCUCUCUCAAUGUUCUUGUAUCUAUUUUUAAAGUUAUGUUGAUUUGUUUUUUGGAAAGGCAGGCGACAGAGAGCGAGAGUGAGAGUGAGAGCGAGAGUGAGAGAGAGAGAGCGAGCUGGUAUCUGCUUAUGCAGCCCCCAAAUGGCCACAACAGGUCCGGGCCAGGCUGAGGCCAGGAUCCAGGGACCCCAUCCUGGGUCGUGCAUGGGUGUCAGGGACCCAAGAACAUGGGCCAUUAUCUGCUGCCUUCCCAGGGGUUGCAGCGGGAACCUGAAUGGGAAACUGAGCAGCUGGGGCUGGAAUUGGCGCCCCUGUGUAGGAUGCUGGUGGUGCAAGCAGCGGCUGACCUCAUUACGUCACAGCACCAGGCCCUGCAUCGUUUGUCACUUCGCUGUCCCUCCACUUCUCAGAGCUGGGGUGAUGGUAGUGCCGACCUCACAGUCGGAUUUCAAACGAGAAAAACAGAGUGCUUGGCACCUGGCUGGCACCUGCUACGUAUUGGCCACACAGUUGUCCAAACUCAAAACACCGAGGAGCUUUGGGCUUACCUUUCUCAUACUUAAUUAGCGAGUCCUGUUGGGUUCUUUGAAUCAUAGGGCUUCAGCCCCAUGGGCCCUUCCUGCCUUAUGUAUGUCAGUAGAUAACAAAAGCUGAGCAUCGAGGAAUCUUCACAACACACCCACGAGGGAAAUACCACUGUGAUUAACACUCACGUUCAGGGAAGGAAACAGAUUUAGAAGUGUCGUUGCCCAACAAGAGCCGGGGCCUCCGUCAGGCCUUCCUGAACCAGAGACGCUCUGCCCACUGGCCCGGGCGUGGAACGUCCAAACCAUGCGGCCUGGCCUUGCCCGGGCGACAGCGGGUGGGACUCAGAGUUCGGUGGAUCUACAGCAGGCUCGUUUGGAAGCUGGUAAUGGUGUGUGGCCCGCGAUGACGUCAUAAAUACCCGGGCGGCCCUUGGCAGAAAAACGGUUCCCCAUCCCUCCCAGGGCCCCUCGGUACUUGCUCCCCUUCCUCCCUCCGCUCCUUGGCUUCUUAGACACAGACACGGGAAGAAAUAAAAACAAAUAAAAGCACUUGGGCUUCUCAAUCGUUGUUUUUAUUUUUGUUUCACCA